UCUCUCUCUCUCUCUCUCUGUGUUCUUUAAAGGUACAGUUAUUUAGAGAAGUCUCUGAUUGGUCGGUUAGACAGACAGAUAUGUGAAGCAGCAUAGAUUCAGUUCAGUGAUUUUAAAAGAGAGAAGUGCACUGGAUUGUGUUCUGUGGAUGUGUUUUUGGUCGGGUCUAGUUUCUCUAGUGGAAGUAUAUGUGUGUGUGUGUGUGUGUGCGUGCGUGCGUGCGUGCGUGUGUGUGUGUGGUGAGCGAGUGGGCGUUAUUUGGCCCGUGUGUGUGUGUCACUGACCACUGCUUCUUUCUCUCUGCAGAAACAGACGACUACGCAGAGAUCAUCGAUGAGGAAGACACCUACACUAUGCCCUCUACUGAAGUCUAUGGAUUAGACGCAGCUCAGGACUAUGAAAUCCAGCGAGACAGGAUCGAGCUGGGCCGGUGUAUCGGUGAGGGACAGUUUGGAGACGUCCACCAGGGGGUCUACGUCAGUCCGGAGAAUCCAUGUCUAUCCGUGGCCAUAAAGACGUGUAAGAACUGCACAUCUGACAGCGUCCGUGAGAAGUUUCUGCAGGAGGCCUUGACAAUGAGGCAGUUUGAUCAUCCACACAUCGUGAAGCUGAUCGGAAUAAUCACAGAAAAUCCCGUCUGGAUCAUUAUGGAGCUGUGUACACUCGGAGAGUUGAGGUCGUUCCUACAAGUGAGAAAGUACAACCUGGAUCUGUCCGCACUGAUUCUGUUCGCCCACCAGCUGAGCACAGCGCUGGCGUACCUGGAGAGCAAACGCUUCGUGCACAGGGACAUUGCUGCCAGAAAUGUGUUGGUGUCUUCCACAGACUGUGUGAAACUGGGUGACUUUGGCCUGUCCAGAUACAUGGAGGACAGCUCUUAUUAUAAAGCUUCUAAAGGGAAACUGCCCAUCAAAUGGAUGGCUCCAGAAUCCAUAAACUUCCGUCGGUUCACCUCGGCCAGUGACGUCUGGAUGUUUGGUGUGUGUAUGUGGGAGAUUCUCAUGUUUGGAAUAAAGCCCUUCCAGGGCGUGAAGAAUAACGAUGUCAUCGGGCGGAUAGAGAACGGCGAGAGGCUGGCGAUGCCCCCCAACUGCCCCCCCACCCUCUACAGCCUGAUGACCAAAUGUUGGGCGUACGACCCCAGCAAACGUCCCCGAUUCACCGAGCUCAAAACACAACUCAGCACUAUCUUAGAAGAGGAGAAGGUCCAGCAGGAGGAGAGGUUUCGUAUGGAGGUGAGAAGACAGGUGACGGUGUCGUGGGAUUCUGGUAAUUCAGACGAGGCUCCUCCUAAGCCCAGCAGACCUGGUUACCCGAGCCCUCGCACCAGUGAUGGAUAUUACCCCAGUCCACAACAUCAGCACAAUCAUUACCAGGUGUCUGGAUAUCCCGGCACACACGUGUCAGCUGCAGCGUUUCCUCCUCAAGCCUCUGUACUGGAUUCUCAGGACACCUGGAAUCAUCACAGACAAGAGAUUCCCGUGUGGUCUCCAAACCUGGAGGAUGGGGCGGCUCUGGGGCGGAGUCAAGGUCACCUGAUGGAGGAAACUCUUAUCAAACAACAGCAACAGAUGGAGGAAGACCAGAGAUGGUUAGAACACGAGGAGAGUUUCCUGAAACUGGAGUCGGGGAACCCGAGGGGCAGUAUCGAGCGUGAGGACGGUCCUCUCCAGGGGUCGAUAGGAAAGCAGCACGGUUACCAGCCGGUGGGUAAAGCAGCAGAUCAUGUGCUGCCUCCAAAGAAACCUCCCCGUCCAGGAGCUGCGGGUCAUGUGACCAGUCUGAACCCGCUGGAGAAUUAUAAUGAGGGUGUAAAGAUUCAGCCUCAGGAAAUCAGUCCACCGCCGACAGCCAACCUGGACCGCUCCAAUGAUAAAGUUUAUGAGAACGUGACGGGGCUGGUGAAAGCUGUUAUUGAGAUGUCCAGCAGAAUCCAGCCGGCACCUCCUGAAGAAUACGUCCCCAUGGUGAAGGAUGUUGGUUUGGCUCUCAGAACGUUACUGGCCACAGUGGACGAGACCAUACCAGUGUUACCUGCCAGCACACACAGAGAGAUCGAGAUGGCACAGAAGCUUCUGAACUCUGAUCUGGCUGAACUCAUCGGUAAGAUGCGUCUGGCACAGCAGUACGUCCUCACCAGUCUACAGCAAGACUACAAGAAGCAGAUGCUCACCGCGGCACACGCGCUCGCCGUGGAUGCCAAGAACCUGCUGGACGUCAUCGAUCAAGCUCGUCUGAAGAUGUUGGCUCACAACCGGCCGCUCUAGUUUCUCCAGGAUGGCUGGAUCAUCGGAGGGACGGAUCGGCACGGGGUGUCCGGGGAGACGCCGAUUCAGUACUCCUCAUGGUUUUAAAGCGAGAACUGCUUGCGGAUAUUUUGUUUUUUACAAAGAGAACGACAAACACUUUUGUUUAAUACACCUCGAGUGUUGUGUUUUAUUUUGUAUCCAGAAAUGAAGAUCGUCUUCAAUCCUCCAACCAAACGUUGUCAGCGCUGGAGAAACCUGCAACUGGAACCCACAGAAACUGUGAGCCGCGGUCACAAUUGAGGUUUCUCCCGUAUUCCAAAGGUUUAUAAACAUCACGAACGCUUCCUUUACAUACUUGUGUAUGUUGACCUCCAAUGAGCACUGAGGGCUUGUGUUCUCCCCUGAUAUGAUGUCCUUGAAGAGUUUUGUACACGUCUCACUAUGACUAAAGCCAAACUACAGCAGCGGUAUUUCACAUAUUUUUUAAGGAAUCAUAACUUCUUGUAUGAAAGAAAGAGGGAUUUAUAUGAAAACAACGAGAAGUGACCCCGACGGGACAGAAGCUAAUAUCACAUAUCAGACACUUGAAGCACACGCUAAACCAUUUAAUCAGCUGCCUUCCAACUACAAGACGUAUAUUCUGUAAAAUCAUGAUCUGCUUUAUUUUUUAUCAGAUUUUCACACCACUGGGUUUUAUAAAGCCCUUUGAGUUUUCAUGCUAAUAACUUGUGUACAGAACAAUCGUGAAUCCAUUUUGUCAUUCUGGUAUAAAUUAUUCUCAGGAAGAAACAAACUGUAUAGAGCUUUUAACUAAUAAAAUAUGAUCAAUAUC